AUAAAAAAAGUUUUGAGAUUGAUAUUGAUGUGACCAUCAACUUGCGUACUUCAUUGUCUUUCUCUGUUCUCUGUCUAUGGUCUGAGUUUGAGUUGUGUUCAAUCAUCACACCAGAAAAAUGGGAAGUGAGGAUCUGAGAUUGUUUGAAUUGAACACAGGAGCUAAGAUUCCAUCUGUUGGUUUAGGCACUUGGCUUGCUGCACCUGGUGUUGUCUAUGAUGCUAUAUCCACUGCUGUCAAUGUUGGUUAUCGUCAUAUAGAUUGUGCUCAAAUUUAUGGCAAUGAAAAGGAGAUUGGUGAUGCCUUGAAGAAGUUGUUUGCUAAUGGAGUAGUUAAGCGUGAAGAGAUGUGGAUCACGUCCAAGCUAUGGUGUACUGAUCACUUGCCAGAAGACGUCCCAAAGGCAUUUGAUAGAACUUUACGCGAUCUGCAGCUGGACUAUCUUGAUCUCUACCUUAUUCACUGGCCAGUGAGCAUAAAAAAUGGACAUCUUACAAAACCUGACAUACCAAGCACAUGGAAAGCAAUGGAGGCACUCUAUGAUUCCGGAAAGGCUCGAGCUAUAGGAGUCAGCAAUUUCUCUGUAAAGAAGCUUCAGGAUCUGUUGGAUGUGGGACGUGUGCCUCCAGCCGUUAACCAAGUGGAAUUGCAUCCUCAAUUGCAGCAGCCAAAUUUACAUACUUUCUGUAAAUCCAAGGGAGUGCACUUAUCUGCUUAUUCACCACUAGGCAAAGGACUUGAGAGCAAUAUUCUUAAAAAUCCGGUUCUGCACACGACUGCUGAGAAAUUAGGGAAGACUCCGGCCCAAAUAGCCCUUCGAUGGGGACUACAAAUGGGUCACAGUGUACUUCCAAAGAGCACAAAUACAGCGAGGAUUAAAGAAAACAUUGAUAUAUUUGACUGGUCUAUACCAGAAGAUUUGCUAGCUAACUUCAAUGAAUUUCAGCAGGAAAGAGUAGUUCCAGGCGAACAAUUUGUUAGUCAGACAUCUCCUGGUUACAAAACAAUUGCAGAACUCUGGGAUGAAGAGUAAGAAACAAGUUCCAUAUGGGCUACUGCUUUUCCACUGUUGAAUAAUCUGACUUUUUUGUGACUGUUGUAAUAAUAUAUAAUGUAUUCAUAAUAUGGGAAAUAGGAUGUGUUAUUGAGGAUUUGGUUUUGAUAUUCAAUAAGAGAAUUGUAAUUUAGGGUCUACAUGGAAACAACAUAUGACAUGUUUAUAAACUGUUUUCUGAAAUGUCAUCGAGUUUAUGGUUUAAA